AUGGCGACUCGAACCACUGAUCUCAUCGAGGAUGGUGUCUUCUCUCUACCCUUCAAUCUCGUUCUCAAAUUUAGCUCGCGCGCACGCGAAGCAGAGGGGGUAGCUAUGUCCCUGGCCCGCUCCAUGGGUGUGCCUGCACCCCGUUUUAUCUCAUACGGCGAACAUUCUCCCAACACAAGAUCUAGGGAAGGAUCUAUCCUCAUGACACGCAUACCUGGAAAAACGCUGCGGAAUGUUAUCGAAUCGUUAUCCCCCAAGGAACUCCAUACCAUCAUGCAGGAGCACUCUGAGAUUCUGGAUCGUAUGCGAUCGUACUCUAACCCUUGGGGUGCUCGCGAUAUCUAUGGCGCGCGCGUCCCAGGUCGUCAUGUCAGCGCUUGCGAUGACGAGCACAAUGAUGAAGAGGGCCUUGCCAAGCUUGAUAAGGCGAGAAGAAUGCCGACAUUGUUUCUCUAUGAUAUCGAUCGUGGAUUGGGAAUUGAGUAUUGGGAAUACACAUCGAUCCUCCGGUGGAGUGGAUUACAGGUGCCUUGGGCUAUGCAACUAGCUUCUCUUCCUGGAUGCAAAUGUUCCGAAGAAUUGGAAUAUGACUUGGCCUUGAUAGCACUUUCGGACAGCUCGUUUGCCGUGUGA